GUGCUGGGAUUACAGGCUUGAGCCACCGCGCCCGGCCAACUUUCUCUCUUAUCACUUGCACCUCCUGGCCUCUGAUGCUUGAACUAAAAAGUCAAUAAGAUGAAAGUCUGUUGCGGCCACCCUCAAGAAGGAAAAAUACACAGAAACAAUUGAUACACAAAGAACAGGGCACACCCUGGGUUGAGUGCAUGGCUGCCCAGGGCAGCGACUAGGCUAAUCCUGGGCAUAUAAAAGAGGAAAGAGUACCCAGGUCUUCACUUCACUGCGACUACAGAACUCGGAGUGGCUCUUCCUCUGUGGCCAGUUGGGGACCAGCAUCAUGAAGUGGUUGGUGGUGGUCUUGCUCUGCCUCCAGCUGUUGGAGGCAGCAGUGGUCAAAGUGCCCCUGAAGAAAUUUAAGUCUAUCCGUGAGACCAUGAAGGAGAAGGGCUUGCUGGGGGAGUUCCUGAGGACACACAAGUAUGAUCCUGCUUGGAAGUACCACUUUGGUGACCUCAGCGUGUCCUACGAGCCCAUGGCCUACAUGGAUGCUGCCUACUUUGGUGAGAUCAGCAUCGGGACUCCACCCCAGAACUUCCUGGUCCUUUUUGACACCGGCUCCUCCAACUUGUGGGUGCCCUCUGUCUACUGCCAGAGCCAGGCCUGCACCAGUCACUCCCGCUUCAACCCCAGCAAGUCCUCCACUUACUCCACCAACGGGCAGACCUUCUCCCUGCAGUAUGGCAGCGGCAGCCUCACCGGCUUCUUUGGCUACGACACCCUGACUGUCCAGAGCAUCCAGGUCCCCAACCAGGAGUUCGGCUUGAGUGAGAAUGAGCCUGGUACCAAUUUCGUCUAUGCUCAGUUUGAUGGCAUCAUGGGCCUGGCCUACCCUACUCUGUCCGUGGACGGGGCCACCACAGCUAUGCAGGGCAUGGUGCAGGAGGGCGCCCUCACCAGCCCCAUCUUCAGCGUCUACCUCAGCGACCAGCAGGGCUCCAGCGGGGGAGCGAUUGUCUUUGGGGGUGUGGACAGCAGCCUGUACACGGGGCAGAUCUACUGGGCGCCUGUCACCCAGGAGCUCUACUGGCAGAUUGGCAUUGAAGAGUUUCUCAUUGGCGGCCAGGCCUCCGGCUGGUGUUCUGAGGGUUGCCAGGCUAUCGUGGAUACAGGCACCUCUCUGCUCACUGUGCCCCAGCAGUACAUGAGCGCUCUUCUGCAGGCCACUGGGGCCCAGGAGGACGAAUAUGGACAGUUUCUCGUGAACUGUAACAGCAUCCAGAAUCUGCCCACCUUGACCUUCAUCAUCAAUGGCGUGGAGUUCCCUCUGCCACCCUCCUCCUACAUCCUCAAUAACAACGGCUACUGCACCGUGGGAGUCGAGCCCACCUACCUGUCCGCCCAGAACAGCCAGCCCCUGUGGAUCCUCGGGGAUGUCUUCCUCAGGUCCUACUAUUCCGUCUACGACUUGAGCAACAACAGGGUGGGCUUUGCCACUGCUGCCUAGACUUGCUGCCUCGACACGUGGGCUCCCCUCUUCCUCUUGGCCCUGCACCCUCCUGGGGCAUUGUAUCUGUCUUUCCACUCUGGAUUCAGCCUUCCUUUUUCGGACUCUGGACUUUCUCUAAUAAUAAAUAGUUCUUCUUUA